ACAUCAUACACACAGUAUUACUACUGCUGGCCAUGGUAGGAGUAGGAAAAGUACAUAGAAUAAUACAAUGUAGUACUAGCAUAGUACAGUAUUUGUUCCCGUAUAGGUGCAGCAACCCCCACCCACGCAUCAUUUCCCUCGCAGCUCUCCGGCUGGUCGUCCAUAAAUACCACGCCACAGGCUCCCACACCUCCGCUGCUUGUCCUCUGCUCCUGCUCCUGCUCGGCAACUCCACCUCCUCUUCCGCCGCCGUUAUUCCAAGCUAGUAGGAGCAGGAGCAGGCCGGCCAGACAGAAGAAACCGUACAUCGUUGCCGCCGCAACCGCGAAGAUGAGCAAGGAGGCGGCGGUGGACGUGUUUCUGAGCUGCUUCAUGCACGUGGGCCUGCUGCUGGUGCUGCUCAUCUACCUCCCCGUCGCAUUCGUCUGCCGCCUCGUCGCCAGGCUGCUCGUCAGGCCCUUCGCCAAGGGGGAGGACCUCCGCGGCAAGGUCGUGCUCGUCACCGGCGCAUCCUCUGGCAUCGGCGAGCACCUGGUGUACGAGUACGCGAGGAAAGGCGCGUGCGUGGCGCUGGUGGCGCGGACGGAGAUCACCCUGCGAGCCGUGGCCAAGACGGCGCACGACCUGGGCGCGCCGGACGUGCUCGUCGUGCCGGCGGACAUCACCAAGGUGGAGGAGGCAAAGCGCGCCGUCGAGGAGACCGUCGCCCACUUCGGAAAACUGAAUCACCUGGUGGCCAACGCGGGGAUUUGGUCCAGCUGCUUCUUCGAAGAAAUCACCAACAUAACCGCCUUCCACAACGUGAUUGAUCUCAAUUUCUGGGGUGCCGUGUACCCAACCUACUUCGCGCUGCCGUACCUGAAGGCCAGCCGCGGCAAUAUCGUCGUCACCUCCUCCGUCGCCGGCAGAGUCCCAACCGCCCGGAUGAGCUUCUACAACGCGAGCAAAGGCGCGGUGAUACGGUUCUACGAGACCCUGAGGGCUGAGCUGGGCUCCCACGUCGGCGUCACCAUCCUCAUGCCAGGGUACGUCGUCUCCAACAUCACCAAGGGCAAGGGCCUCCAGAAGGACGGCCAUGUCGGCAUCGACGAGGUGGCCCGCGACAUAAACGUCGGGCCGCUGCCGGUGGGCAAGACGGAGUCGCUGGCGGCGGUGGUGGUGGCGAGCGUGCGGCGGGGGGACUACUACGUGACGUGGCCCGGGUGGUACUGGCCGUUCCACAUGGUGAUGUGCGCGGCGCCGGAGCUCGUCGACUGGUUCUCCCGGACGUUCUACGUGACCAAGUCCAGCGACCAGGACGAAGACGCGCUGAGCAAGAAGAUCCUGGUGGCCGUCGGCGGCAAGAAGUUCCUCUACCCCAAGACCAUCCGCUCCCACACCGCCAUGGCCGCUAACUGACUGAUCAAUUAAUCAAGACGUUAGCCACACAAAUCAAAUAUAUCCAUAUCUGUGUGUGUAAGCACGCAUUGUUUGUUGCCUGCCUAGCACGAAAAAUAUCAAAAUGCCGGGUCGAUGAAAUGGGUGCACUACUGUAUUAUUCUUUUUAUUUCUUUUCCUCUUCGAUCGAUGUACAAUUGAACAAUGUCAUGUGAAUUGAUACGAAUGUUUAUUGGUGGUACGCCCUGUGAUAAGGCUGGGUGUCGCCGAUGCAAAGUUGAUGUAUCUAAACAAAGCUAUUUGUUGAUC